AUGAUACCACGGUUCUCAAACCCCCAUCUCUUGCCAGAAAACGCAAAACGCGUUUCUCGGGCGGAAAUUGCGAUUGACGAUGGGCUGGGGCAUUCUUUGAGUCAGGAAGUGGACUUGGAAGUGGUUGAACAUCUCAACCAUCUUUUGAAGCGUGCUUUACCUGAGCCAACACAGGAGGCAGAGCCGAAACGCAAGAAACGAUGCAAGGUCAAGAUCAACGAGGUUUCUGAUCCAAUACCAGAUAAACCGACCUUGUUUCGGCUAGUGUCGAGAACCUUGCCCCCCAUUCAGCUUUCCUUGGAGCCGCCACCGCCCCCUCCACCGAUAACCGUUGAACCUGAUUGUGAGGACAAUGAAAUCCAAGCUCAGUUGCGGAAGCAGCAAGCCGAAUCAGCUUCAGUUGACUUCCAAUGGCUCAUGUUGGAGUCUCAACAGCCGAAGGCAUUACGGUACCGUUCAAAAUUAAAAAAGUGUUGCGUAAAAGCACAUCUGCCAGAACAUCCACCUCCGAUGGCCAUCAUACAAAGUGUUCAACAACCAAGGAAGUCCAGGCCACCGGUUCCUGUUGAGCACUAUCCGUACGUUAUAGGGGCUGCACCACCUCCAACAACAACAGAACCGGCAAGGUCUAUGGAUUGCCCCGUGGUUGAAAUUAAGCCAGAAUUGGUGCGCAAUAAAAGGAGGAGAUCCAAAGUGGUUAAGAAAGAGCGACUUCCUCCUCGAUUCUGGGCACCGAACCCACACUGGAGGGGUAAAUGUUGCGGUUAUGCGUAUGGAUAUCCUAGCCACUUUGCAACGUACGAAAAUAGAUUUGUUGACUAG